UAUAAAUUUGCUGCGUCAUAAGUCAUAACAUAUACAAUAUUUUGUUUCAAGACAAAAUUGAUAAAAUUUGAAGCUUCAAUUUUAAACUCCUCUGUUUAAACUUUAUAAAGCAGUCAUGGCGUAUGACUUUGGAAAUAACUUUUAUAGCAACGGUGAAUCCUCAAGUUCUUCAAACUCAAGUUUCCUUGACACGUUUCCAGGCGAUAAUAGGAACUUUGAAUUUUCUACUGACAUUAAUUUACGCGAGUUACAAAGUAUUGUAGGCUCUGAGGUUUCGCUUCCUGUCUUGGAAAAUUUGUGGAACGCUUCUAGUGGUAACCUAGAAAAGGCAAUAAAUAGUUAUUUUGAUAAUAAUAUGAACAAAGAAAAUUUGGACAUGAAUACUCCAACAACUCCACGUCGAAAUGUAAAAUCUACCAAUUACCACUCUCCUGAAAUUGAAGUUUCUCGUAAAAAGGCACGAAAGCACAUAGCACGUGACUGGGAACGAAAGUACCUUGGGAGCAUCGUGGUUUCUGGUCAGUCAACUAUUAUGGGUGAAAAUGUUAUAAAUUUUAAGGAAAAGAUUACUUUUGAAAGUCAAGUAUAUUAUCAAAAACCGAUUAGAGGAAGGAAACGUUCAAAACUUCAAUCAUGUUGGCAACAUACUGUGUUGAAGUUCAAAUCUACGGAUGGGACACAACUUGGAAUAAUUAAUGAUAGUAAGAUUUCUUUUAUGGUUUCUAAUUUGAUCGAUGCUGGAGUAUGCGAAUUUGAAGGUCAAAUAUUACUUGUUGGUAAUGAUAAUUGUGGUGAAAAGAUUGAAUAUAAUGAUGAAAUGUACAUUGAGAUGAAGAUUUAUAUUUUGCAUGCUGCAUUUUCGCGUGAGCCAAUUUUUACAAUUUCGAGAGAAAAUAAUAAGCAUAUCUCAUCUGGUCCUGGUUCAGUUGCAGACCAUAAGGCUAAUGAUCGUAAAAUUGCUUUAUUAUCGGCGUUUGAACAAUGUGUUAUGAAAGCUAAACAAUCUAGCGUGUUAACACAGGAGCAUAAAUUAGCUGGUACUUUAGAUGCCGAAAAAAUUGAAGAGCAUUUCCAAAAUGAGGAGUGGACAGGUUUUAAAUCAGCCUCAAGUAUCCAACAAUCUCUUUUCCCUUCUAAUAACGAAGAAGGUCCGAGUAUCAAUGAUCAACAAUUGAACGCGUUAUAUGAAAAAGCACAAAUGGCAGACAUGAACAUUCCUGAGGCUGAACCACCAGCACACACUUUUCUUUAUAGUUUAAGACGAUAUCAAAAGCAGGCUCUUCAUUGGAUGCUUUCGAAAGAAAUGCUUGAUCCAGAUCAGUUAACGCCAACAUCCUUACAUCCUUUGUGGGAGGAAUAUGAAUUUCCUGUCCAAAUUAAUCAUGAGACGGGUGAAAUAAUUGACGAUGGUUUUUCAAAUAAAUUAUUUUAUUUCAAUCCUUAUACAGGCGAACUUUCUCUUGAUUUUCAGAAGGUUGAUCAAUGUAGGGGAGGAAUUUUAGCAGAUGAAAUGGGUUUAGGCAAAACUAUUGAAAUAUUAAGUCUUAUUCAUUCCGUUAAAUAUCCCACAAUCGACCCAAAUCAAGUUGAUGUUGACUUGAAUCAAGUUGAUGUCGUUGACUUGACCGAGGAUGUUAAACCUUCAACAAUCCGUCCUGUUUCUUUAUCUACGUAUGAAGCAUAUCCGGCAAUAAAGACAACACUCAUAGUCUGUCCAAUGAGCUUACUUUCACAGUGGCGCGAUGAAGUAUAUAAUGUUUCCGCACAGGACACCAUGACCGUAGAAGUGUAUUAUGGCAAGAAGAGAAAUUGGGAUUUAAAAGCGAUUCGAGCUCGUAGAGCAGAUUUACCGGAUGUUCUCGUUACGACUUACGGUGUUUUGAUGUCAGAGUUCUCUGAUGAAGAAAAUAAACCGACUACUUCACCAUUAUUUAAUGUUGAGUUUCUUAGAGUCGUCUUAGAUGAAGCACAUGUAAUCAAGAGCAGAAGCACAAAGACAGCUAAGGCUUGUUAUUCUUUGAGAGCAGAAAGAAGAUGGGCAUUAACUGGUACGCCUAUUCAAAAUCGUCUUGAAGAUAUCUUUUCCCUAGUUCAUUUUCUUCGUCAUGAACCGUGGAGCAAUUUUCAAUUUUGGAAAAAGUUUAUUCAAAACCCAUUUGAUAAGAAAGAUAUUCGCGCUUUGGGAGUGGUUCAAGGUGUUUUGGAACCUUUAGUUUUACGCCGUACAAAGAACAUGAGAGACAUUAAUGGCCAACCAAUCAUCGAUUUGCCUAGUAAAGAGGUUGAAAUAGAAUACCUUGAAUUCUCUCCAGAAGAACAAGAUAUCUAUGAUUCGAUUUAUACUCACUCCAAGACCAAAUUUAAUUACUACGUUAAAUCUGGUAGUAUUUUAAGUCACUACGCUCACAUUUUUCAAUUGUUAGUUAGGUUACGUCAAGUCUGCGAUCAUCCGAUCCUUGCGAUUUCUAAACACACAAUUAUUAACGAGGAUGAUGAAGAAGGUGUAAAUGAAUCAGCUUUUGACGAAGAGGGCAAUCUUAAUAUAGAUCAUUUGAUCGAGAGAUUUAUGACAAAUUAUGGCGAACGUGGUAAUUCUGCAAAUUACCAGAUUGAAAUGCUGGAAAAAUUAAAAUAUGGAGAGGAUUUUUCCAAUAGGGAAUGUCCGAUUUGUUAUGAUAAUUUGGUAAAUGGUGUUUUAAUGCCGUGUAUGCAUUCCGCAUGUCGACAAUGUAUUAUGGAAUAUUUUCAGAAUCAAGAACUCCUAGGAAAAUCGGGCCAAUGUCCUGUAUGUCGUCGCGGACCAAUUACUGAAAAUGAUUUAUUGGACAUUAAUAAAAAAAAUGAUGAGAAAGCGGCCUCAUCCAAUACAAAUGAUGAAAAUAACGACAUGUCGACGUUUGAUGAAAGUGACGCAAAUCUAAAACUCUCGGCCAAAUUAGGCGCUCUUCUACGUAGACUAAAUAAUUUACGACAGGAUAACAAAAUGACAGAGAAAUGUGUUAUUUUUUCACAAUUUACAUCAAUGCUGGAUUUGAUUGGCGACGUUCUUACAAAAGAGAAUUUUUCUUUUGUUAGAUUGGAUGGCACUCAGCAACAAACUGACAGAGAACGCGUUCUUAAAGACUUUAAAAAGCCUGGAAUUGAUAUAAUAUUAAUAUCUUUGCGUGCUGGUGGUGUUGGAUUGAAUCUUACUGCUGCAAGUAGAGCAUUCUUGAUGGAUCCUUGGUGGAACUCUAGCAUUGAAGAUCAAGCAGUAGAUCGUGUUCAUCGCAUUGGCCAAAAACGUGAAGUAAGAGUUACCCGGUUCAUUAUCAAGAAUUCUAUUGAAGAAAAAAUGCUUUCGAUUCAGAAACGUAAGAAUGCGAUUGCUUGUGGUCUAGGAAUGUCCAAGGAUGAAUUGAAAGCUCAUCGAAUAGAAGAUUUGCGAGAAUUAUUUUCUUAAAUACGUAUAUUCAUUUAUUUUACUAUUAAUGCUUUAUAAUUAUAAUUAAUAACAUUAAAGAAAUAUAUAAUGUAAAUAAUGUUA